CCGCCCUCGCGCCCGCUCUCGCCCGGCCGUGCCACUGGCGACCCUUUGAAAGGUGCCAAUUGGCACCGGCGUUUUGCGCGUGGUUGUGCUGUGCCGUUCUGUUUGUAUCGCGUGGUUGUGGUGUGCCGUGUUGAACUGUUGUUGGUGCGGCGUGUCGUACUGUUAGUUCGCCGUGGUUCUCUGGUAGUGCGCUUAGGGUUGAAAAUUUCUCUAAAAUUCCGGAAAAUUUCCAGAAAAUUCCCUAAAAUUUCUGGAAAAUAACUGGAAAAUAACAAAGUCUAAGAAAUUUUCCACUGCUUUUCCCCCGAAAUUUUCCGUUUCCCUCGAAAUUUUUCUGAACUUUACAAGGGCUUUCAAGCCUGGGUGCGCUGUGUUGCACCGCCCGGUGUUCAACAACUUGACAUCCGUAGCGGUGUGCUGUGUCGUGGUGUGUUGUGUGUUGCUGUACUGGAGUGCCGUGUGGUGUGCUGUCUUAUUGUGGCACUGCUCCUGGGGUGUGCCGAGGUGUACUGGUGGUGCAGUGUGGUGGUGUAGUGUGCUGCCGUGUGCCGAACUGUGCCGCGCUUCCUCGACCCCGCAACGUCAAAACGUCAGCCGUGCGCGACAGCCAUGGAGCCUUCUGACGAGUCGUCAUCAACUUCAAAUGACGAGGCAGAAGAGGGAAACUAUAAGCAGGUACCUCCUCGGCCUCGGGACGCCCCUGAGUCAGACAUGCCGCCCUCCUCCAAGCCAGACCCCGCGAAGCAGUGCGUGCUGAAGCGCCUCUUCCAGGUCAAGAGCAAGACCCUCAAGAAGAAGAAGAAGGGCAAGCCAGGCAAGGCCGCCCAUAGCGCCUCACGCGGCAGGCUGGCGCCGACCCUGCAGCCGCCACCGACCCCGCCGCCGACCCCGCCGCCCUGGCCCGCCUCGGCCCCGGGGCCAGGCGCCGGCAGCAGCACCGCCCCAACGCUCAAGGAGGCCCUCGAGCAGGCCGUCGGGCUGCAGGAGGCCCGACGCAUGGCGGCCGCCGCGGCGGCCCUGGAGCGGCGGGUCUCGGACACCGACGACCUCUCCCUCGUCAACGUGCCCCUCAGGAUGUCCGUGCGCAGCCUGAAGCACGUGAUCCAGGACCUGCGGUACGAGCUGCUCAUCGGGCCGGUGUGCCGCGCUGUGCGUGAGGUCGCGCUCGGCCAGGCCGCCGCGGGCUCCGCCGCCGUCCAGGACGCUGUGCCCGAGUACCUGCAGCGGCUCAACGGGAUCCUGCUCGCGCAGCAGGCAGCCUCGGCGCACUGUCAGCCGACGCAGCACACGCAGCCCACGCAGCCGACGCAGCCGACGCGGCCAACAAAGCCAACGUUGCCGGUGCAACCCCUGAUGCAUGUCACCCCCUCCCUCCAGUCUAGCUCCCAGCCCAGCUCCCGGCCCAGCAGCCCUAGGCAGCGCGUCGCGCGCACCCCGCAUCGGCGAUCCGCUAGCCGCCGGCGUGGCUCGCCGGACGCCCGGUCCUCCAAGCGGCGCCGGCGCUCCUGGCCCUCCCUCAAGGCCACCCUGCGACCCGCCCUCGACGCGCCCCUGCACGUCGAUGUCAUCGGGGAGCUGUCCAUACCCGCCGCCCGGGACCGUCUCCGCCCCGAGCCAAGGUCCCCGUGGUCGGAGCCGAUUGCACCGGCCGGACCCGCCGAGGCCACAUUCUGCUCGGCGGGCUCGGCGUUCGCUUGCUGCGUCCCAGAGUCGUCCUCGAAGGCCCCGCCAGAUUCCUACCCGCCGGCCUUCGAGGGGCCGUCCACCUCCACGUCCACAACCAGCGGCGCGCGAUUCGGGGUGAGGUCCGCGUUCAGCCGGCCGUCGCCCGCCGGCGACUCGGACUCGGACGACUCCCAGGGCAGCGGCCGUAGCCGGCUGCGCACGCGCUACGACGAGGAGAUCGCUGUAGCGCUGUCACUGGGCCAGGACGCCGACGACGAGGCAGCGCUGCUCGCCACCGUCCUGGAGCCAGGCCCACGCUCGCCGCGCACGCGGCCCUGCUCGCCGCGGGACACUACACCACGCGCGCAUCGCAGCCUCCGCGACUCGCCACGGCGUGUCGACGCCGGCCCGCAGACCCUCCAGGAGUUCCUCCUGGACAGCGGCGCUAACGACGAGAACGAGGAGCCCUUCAGCGACGGCGACUCGGCGGCGGGGCCGGUGGCUUCACCCGCCCCCGCGGCCGCUCCCGUGGACCCUGUGCGGCAGGCCCAGAUCGACGCGGACGAGCGGCUGGCGCGCGCGCUGUCCGCGCAGUGGGCGGCCGAGGAGCAGCGCGCGCAGCAGGCGGCCGCGGCCGCGCGCAGGCACAUGCGGACCGCGGCGGGGGGCGUGCGGCCGUCGCACCCGUGCCCCGGCCGCCCGUCCUGGCAGUCCUCCAGUUCACCCUCCAUUGGCGCGCGAGAGAGGCUGCAGGCGCAGUCCUUGCGGGGGCUCCUGUUCGUGGCCGCGGACACGGUGGGCCCCGACCUGGACGAGGACGUCGUGCCGCUGGAGAACGAGGCCAACGAAGUUGCCGAGAGGAGGUGGCUGCUGGACGACUUCUUCGAGCAGCGCAGCGAGCUCGCCGUGGACCCGCUAGCAGUGCCCCAGCACCCCGACCAGACCUCCCCGACGUACCGCUGGUCCCCGGGGUCGCCCCCCAUCAUCCGGCCGCCCGAGCCCUCCCCCAACCUGCACUUCGUCUCGCCACCGCCGACGAGGCCCCCGUCACCUCCGCUGCUCGUGGACACUGCCCCCAACGGCGCCGGCUUGCUCCUUCCCGCCGCCCUUGCCCCGACGGCCACGCGUCCCGAGCCGAUGCCACUCGUCGGCGACCUGGUCCCCCUCGACCUGUCCCCACAGCGGACGCCCGAGAGCUUCCCCGGCCCGCCGCCCGCCCCGGACCUUGUCUGCUGCAGGUACUGCCUGUCCCGGCCGACCCUGCUCGAGGACGCCGUCGACGGCACGACGUGUAGGGACUCGACGGCCUGCAUCGCCCACCGGUUCCGGACGCAACUCCAGUUGCAGGGCGCCGCGGGCGGCGAGCGCGCCUUCGAGCGUGCCACCCACGAGGUGGGGCCCGACCCCGACCCGGAAACAAAGCCGGAACCCUCAUCACCCUUACCGGAAAUGAGCUCCGGUCCUCAGCUGGCCGUGGCCGCCGCCGGCGACCACCUCGCCCUGGCGCACCCUCACCCUCAGCAUGCGAGCGCUGGGUCAGCGCUCGCGCACGCCGUGAUGUGGGCGCUCCAGGAGGGCCGUCUCCAAGAGGGCCGUCUCCAGGCGACGCUGCAGGAGACCCCAGGUGCUGAAGGGAACGCUGCAGCAGCUGGAGCGGGCGGCGAGCAGUGGGUUUCUCACCUGGAGGGCGAGUGUUUCGGUCACCACCAACGGGGCCGAGGGCCGGGGCCAGAGCCUCGUGCCGUGCCUGGCGACAGUGCGCUGGGGCUCGAGAGCCAGAACGCGGAGCCAUUCCCGCCCCCGCGCCCGCCGUCCCCGCCGCCCACGCCCCCGCCGCUGCCGCCGCCGCCACCGCCGUUCGACGCGGGCCCGGGCGAGCUCGCCGUGACGCCGAUGUUCGCCGCCACGUAUGAGGACGGGCUGGCGGGGCGACUGGCGGAGUGGUCGAACGCCCGGUCGCAGCCGACCGAGCGUCCGUCUGCGCUGCACCACACCAAGAAGGGCCCGCGGAGGCGCUUGUCGUGCCGCCAGGCUGACGGCGACGACCUGGUGGAGGGCGCGAUGGCGGGGCCGCGGUCUCGCUGCGCGUCGGGGGGAGGGCCCGCCAAGCGGCGACUGGAGGGACACAGCCCGGGCCGCGGCACCACCAAGCGGUCCAGGCCCAGGGCCUCCCGGGCGAUGUCCUGGUUCAAGCUGUGGACGAGCAGCGUGCUGCGUCUGCAAGGGCAGGCGCCGCCAGACGUGCGCCCAGACGAACACGCCCCCCGUCAGGACCAAGUGGAGGAGAUUGAGGUCGAAGAGGCCUUGCCCGGUCCGCUCGCGGCCCAGGACGCGUCCAGCACUCUGGUCCAAGACGACGCCCUGCUCGAGGUGGCGGAGGAGGCCCGCGAGGACGUGGGUGUGCCAGCUCCCGCGGCCACGUGGCCCGCGCCUUCCCCGUUCCAGCCGUUCUGGAGCCUGGCGAGGAUGGUGCAGGCCGACCUCGACGAGAACGACAACGCCUUCGACUUCCCGGACAGGGAGGUGCCGCCUCGUGUGCGUCGCGGCCCCCUGCCUGCAACGGCGCCCUCGGCCUCCGACCCGGGGCUCGGCAGCGCCUGCUGCCUCGUAAAAAUACCGUCCUCCGGCAGCGAUAGUGACCACCGCGAGCCCCAACGUCACCAGGGUCCCCAAGGGCCGCCCGCUCCUUCUGCGCCUCUGGACGUGCCCCACCUGGGCGCGCGGCCGCGCCUCCACAGCCUGCUCGCCGACUGGCAGUGCACGUCCGAGGCCAGUUUCCUGGCGGGCCGCCACUCCAGGGUCUGGUCCAGCGACGCCCACGGCCCGGCGGGCUCGGGCGCCGACGGCCGGGAAGGGGAGCCUCCCCCGGGAGCGAGGCCGCCGCCGUCGGGAACCAGCGGUUGAAGUUGAAGUACACGGAGUCGGAGGUAGACUGUAGGCUAACUGAACGCUCUCCCCCAUUGCUGAAUCAUCAAGUCAUUCGAGUGAAUCCGUGAUGAUUGAAUUGGCAAAUGAUGAUGUGGUAGAUGCACAAUGUAGUUGACUGUCUCAAUCUUGGUGAGUUCGUGGAGUCCAGGAGAAAAAUUGCGUAUGGCAUGGCCCAGAUCGCCUCGAUUCAGCUAUUGCCCAGUGAGAAACAGUUACAUCGAAAUGAUGUCAGACUGAUAUCGUUGUCGGUAAAUUGUCGAUUAUCGUGUCGAAUCGAUCCUGAGAUGGUCUUAAAAUCGAGACAUUUCCGAUAACUGACAUCUAUUUGAUGUCGAUUCGAUGUCACAUCGAUUUUGAUUUCUCACUGGGUGGUUUAAGUCUAGUCAUUAAAUUGAGUAAUUAUCAUUGAAAUAGUUUAGGUUUCGCCUGGUAUCCCUUUUCAUUUUGUAUGAAAAAAAAACAAUUAAGAUUUGUUUUCUUAAAAAUUAUUAGUAACUGUAUGUACAGUAAUGAUAAUCUCACAAAAAUGUGUGUGUGAAUGUCGGAACCCACAGAAAUGACAGUCCCAACAAUACGUUUUGAUAUUGGAUCUUGUCCUCACUAGCUAGUCAUUGAUUUUACAGAUUGUAGUGGGUAAUUUCACACAAAAUGGCAAUUACCAUUUUUGUUAACUUUUAUUUAAUACUAUUAAAAUUAAGUGUAACUGUAUGUUGUGUCACUUCAUCAAUCAAAUUAAUAAUUGUAAGAAUUACUGGUAUACUUCAAUCAACUAAAGAUUAGGUUGUAACUAAUUGCUACAAGUAUUUUGUAAUUUCCCUGCCCCUGUCCCUGUAUUGGGUAGGAUUCUUUUGAAGAAAUGACAGAAAUGUGACCAAAUUACUGUGUAAAAUGUAGGUGCAAAGCACAGAUAGAUUAAAUAAAAUAAAAAGACAUGUACUGAA